AUUAGUUCUGAGAGUUCAUUUCUUCCAAAGCUGUUUGCGUCGCUGAGUGUUUUAAGCGUAAUCUGGAUGGUAAUUGGAAUACCCAUGUGGGAGUUUGCGAACGAAGAAUGCCAUUUGCACAUAUGCGAAAGGGCGGUAUUUAAACCUCACUCAGAAUUUAAGUGUGAAGCCGAGCAGCGCAGCCAUCGUGUAGAGCUGAAGCAGUAA